GUGCGACAGGCACUAUUAGGAACAAUGGCACCAUCUCCUCAAGAAAUGACGGGUGAAAACCAACCAACGACCCCGGUCUCAAGGCCAUUGUCCGGGGAUGAAGUUGUCAUCACAGGGAUGUCCGGAAUUUUUCCCAAAUCCAACAGUGUUAUGGAAUUCAUGGAAAAUUUGUACAACAAGGUUGACAUGGUGUCUAGCGAAGACCCGCGCUGGAUAUUCAACCAUCCGGAGGUACCUACUCACUUGGGCAAAGUGAAUGGUAUGAAGAAGUUCGACGCCCAAUUCUUCAGGGUGCAUUACAAGCAGGCAUGCACUAUGGAGCCGAUGAGCAGGAAACUGUUAGAGCAUGCUUAUAGUGCUAUAUAUGAUUCGGGUAUCAACCCAUUACAGUUGAGAGGUAAAAAAGUUGGUGUUUUUAUCGGGGCGACAUAUUCUGAAUCGGAAAAGAAUGUCAUUUACGAAACCAUACAACGCAACGGGUUUGGCAUAACUGGAUGUAACAAAGCUAUGUACGCCAACCGCGUAUCCUACUGGAUCGACGGGAAGGGUCCGUCGUAUGCCCUAGACCUAGCUUGCUCGAGCUCGUCAGCUUGUUUGGAACAUGCGUACAGGAGCAUCAGUACCGGACAAUGUGACGCCGCCAUUGUAGGAGGUUGCAAUCUGUGCAUGCAUCCUUGUAUGUCUUUGAACUUGAUGAGGGCUGGCUUUUUGUGUUUAGAUGGAAAAAGCAAGUGUUUUGACAAAAAUGGUGAUGGCUAUGUUAGAUCUGAUGCAAUCAGCGUAUUAUUUCUUCAAAAAGCAAGGGACGCUAAAAGAAUAUAUUCAGAAGUAUACCACGCUAAAGCGAAUUACAGUUUGAGAUUCGAUGACCAGUUUCUAUCUAUACGCCAUCCAAAAGAAAUUGAAGAUUUCUUACAAGCUUUCUAUUCUGAAAUUGACGUAUCUCCAGAAGAGGUUGAAUAUGUAGAGGGACAUGGAUCAGCCCUUGCUGAAGCAGAUGGUAAUGAAUUGGAAGCCAUAGGAAAAGUAUUUGCUAAAGAUAAAACAGUCAAAGUGGGCAGCGUUGUUUCCAAUAUGGGUCACAGCCAGCCUGCCUCAGGCGUUUGUGCAUUGACUAAGGUUUGCCUAGCUUACCACAAAGGUGAACUUCCCGCUAAUCUUCACUACACUCAACCUCAAGACCAUAUCCCAUCGGUCAAAGAAGGCAAAAUCGAAGUGCUGCAAGAAAAUGUUCCUUUCGAGAGAGGUUUUACAGCUGUCAACAGUAUUUCCUACUCUGGAGCCAACGUUCACGUGUUACUCAAAGGACACUAUAAAAAAAAGGAUCCUGAAAGAUACAAAACCAACAUGCCUAGGAUUGUGCUGGCUUCAGGCAGACAAGAAGAUUGCGUCAUGAAAAUUUUCAAUAUUCUGAAAAAGCAACCAGUUGAUCCUGAGCAAAUUGGACUACUUCAUAACAUCCAUGAAAACGAAAUCCCUGGCCACAUGUGCCGUGGAUAUAUUUUAUUAGACACAAAUCUUGAAAGAAACGAGACAGUGAGUCUAGCUGAGAAUGUGGACCACUACCCGGGUAAUGUCAGGCCAAUUUGGUUCGUGUAUAGCGGCAUGGGUUCGCAGUGGGCAACCAUGGGUGCAGGACUGAUGACUAUUCCGAUAUUUGCCGCUGCGAUUGAAAAGUGCCGCCGCGUUCUAGAGCCAAAGGGCAUCGACCUCAUGAAAAUUCUAAUAGAUCCAGAUAAAAGCAUAUACGACAACAUUUUGCACUCUUUUGUCGGCAUCGCUGCUGUUCAGAUUGGCCUUACUGAUAUUUUAAAGGAAAUAGGGGUCGUUCCUGAUAACAUCAUAGGUCAUAGUGUCGGUGAACUUGGAUGCGCUUACGCAGAUGGCUGUUUCACUGCCGAAGAGAUGAUUUUGUCAGCUUACAGCCGUGGUUUGGUUUCUGUUCAAACACCAUUCAUCAAAGGAUCUAUGGCCGCUGUAGGACUAGGAUAUAAAAAGGUGCUUCCGAUGUGUCCGCCUGGGAUCGAAGUGGCUUGCCAUAAUAGUUCUGAGUCUUCUACAAUAUCCGGCCCUGCUGAUCUAAUGAAAGAGUUCGUAGGAGAACUAACGAAACAAGGAGUAUUUGCAAAAGAAGUACCUUGCUCUAAUAUUGCUUAUCAUUCUAAAUACAUAGCAGACGCAGGGCCAUCUCUUUUGAAGUAUUUGAGUGAAGUUAUCACGGAACCUAAAAGUCGAAGUCCCAAAUGGGUCUCAACAUCAGUUCCUCAAAGUGAAUGGGAUGCACCUAAAGCUCAAUUUUCUUCAGCCGAAUACCACACUAAUAAUUUACUGAAUUCAGUUCUUUUUGAAGAGACGUCUAAACUAAUUCCAUCUAACGCCAUAGUAAUAGAAAUUGCACCACAUGGUCUUCUUCAAGCAAUUUUGAAGAGAUCUUUACCUCAAUGUACACAUAUACCAUUAACAAGAAGAGGAAACCAAGACCCAGUAAAAUACCUACUCGACGCUAUUGGGAAAAUAUACAUAGCUGGAGUUAAUCCCAAGGUUGACGUUCUAUACCCUAAGAUUGAAUUCCCUGUAUCAACCGAAACUUCACUUCUUUCUCAUUUUGUUGACUGGGAGCACAGUGAAAACUGGCCAGAAGCUCAAUACAAUACUAAAGACAAAGUCAUAGCAACAAGUCGACUCUGUGUGAUCUCAAUCCAUGAUGAUGACUACAAAUAUUUGCAAGGACACGUGAGAGAUGGUGUCAAUGUUUUCCCUGAAGCAGCAAUUUUGGUUUUGGUCUGGGAAACAUUAGCUAUGUAUUUAAAUACGAAUUACAGAAAUCAAGCAGUUACCUUUAAAGAUAUCCAAUUUCAUACUGAUGCAAUUAUUGAUAAAGAGAAACCAUUGAAACUACAUAUUAUGAUUUAUAAAGGCAAUGAUGCAUUUGAGGUUAGCUGUGACACUGUUAAAAUAGCCAGUGGUAACAUUACGCCUCUAAAUAGUUCAACUAUUACGUUUCGACCUAUAGAAAACCCGGAAAAAAUUGAAGAAGAGAUAGUACUAACAAGUGAUGAUUUUUAUAAAAUCAUGUAUUUGAAAGGUUUCGAUUAUAGGGACCUUUUCCGGUCAGUUGAAACAGUAAAUUUUCAUCGUAUGACAGCAAAUAUUAAAUGGACGGAUGAUUAUAUAACUUUUUUGGAUAGUCUUAUACAAUUCAAUAUCUUCGAACAAAAUCAUGAAGGGUUAUCCGUUCCUAAAAUUAUUCGUAAACUAACAAUUGAUCCUUUUAAGCAAACUACUGUUACAGAAAACCAAUCUACAAUCGAGGCGCAGAUCCAUCACUUUUACAAAUUAUCCAGGUGUGGUGGCUUAGAGAUGGAACAAAUGGAAUUUAGUAACUUUCCUGUAAAAGAAACUAAACCAGAUGUUUUGAUGACACAAACAUUUAUUCCACAUUUCCUAACAGCAACUCUAAAUCUGAAGUUAGCAAUUCAAAUAAAUAUCCAAAUAGUGGCUGAAAAUGGACCACAAAAUAAAUUGCACAUAACCAACAUGUUAACAGAACACUCUUUAAGCGUAUCAAAUAGUAUAGAAGAGGUCGCUAAAAAUGGUUUAAUUAACGUCACAGUUGAUAAAAUAAAACCAGAAACAGUAUUAUUAAACACUUUGAUAACAAAUGAGCACGUUAUCAAAAAAUCAAAUAUGUUAAUAGUUGAUAACUUAGUGAGUAACGCAAAGAAAAUGGAUUUAAUACAUAGUACGAUUCCUAAAGAUUCAUUUGUACUGGCUAUAGAAGAUGCUACCUUAAAUGUUCUUUCAAUAUAUGGGCAGUUUUAUGUUAUAACUGCCUUGUCAGUACAAAAUAAGAUAUUGAUUUUGCUUAAGAAAAUUGAUGAUAGCCAAGAUGUAAAUGUUACUUAUAUUCCUAUAACACAUGACAAGAAGUUUUCCUGGGUACCAAGAGUCCAAAGCGAGCUUCAAAAAUCUCGCAAAAUUGUCUUAGUUUCUGAAAAGCAGCCGUAUUGUGGAUUGUUGGGUUUAGUACGAAAAUUAAAAGAAGGAUUUGGAAAAAAGAUCGGCCUGGUUGUCAUUGAUGAUUAUCAUGCAGCAUCCUUCCAUCCUGGUAAUGAAAUGUACAAGAAACAAAUGCAAAAGAACUUGUCGUUCAAUAUAUACAAAAAGGGCCAAUGGGGAGGAUAUUACUACUUGCCUAGCGAAACAUCAUUAAAGCUUGAAAAUGCUACUUUAACUACAACUAUUUUUGGUAGCUUGGAAUCCUUAUCGUGGAUGGAGGCGCCUCUUCCAACAACAGAAGAUGGAUUAGUGAAGGUCAAAUAUGCUGCUUUAUCUUUAAAAGAUGUAAAAAAAUCUUUGGGACAGUCUAUCGACGAUAACAAGAGUUUUGGUAUGGAUUUUAGUGGAUAUAAUAAGAAGGGCGAAAGAGUGAUGGGUUUAAUAUCAAAAGGAGCUUUAUCUUCAAUAAUUACAGCCGACCCUAUUUUAACAUGGCCUGUGCCUGAAUAUUGGAGUCUAGAAGAUGCUGCUACAGUUCCAUUGCCAUAUGUCCAUGCAUAUUACUGUUUGGUGGUUAUGAACAAAGUCUAUCCAGGCAUACAUGGCAAAAGAGUAUUCGUCAAUGGUGGUGCGGGGGCAUUAGGUCAAGCAGUUAUAGCAGUAUGUCUCGCUGCAAAUUGUAUCGUUUACACUUGCGUGAGUGAUAUAAGGAAGAAGAGGUUCCUAAUGAUGUUAUUCCCAGAGUUAGAUGAAAAAAACAUCGGUAACUCGAGGGAUGGCACAUUCGAAGAUAUAGUUAAUAUCAAUACUAAGGGCAAAGGCUGCCAUAUUUUGAUCAACUGUGCUAACGGCACUUUACGUCAGGCUGCCAUGAGAUGUAGUGGAGAGGAAGCAGUAUUUAUGGACGUUGAUGAUUAUGAUUCGAAACAAAACUGUGAAUUUGGAAUGUCCUAUUUGAACAAAAAAAGAAACUAUUUAUCGAUAAAUAUCUCACGUAUAUUUGAACCGGAAAAUGUUGCGGAAAAGAUAAAACUUCAGUGGUCAAUUGCCGAUGGCAUCAAAUCUGGAACAGUAAAACCACUCAGUCGUGUAAUCUAUGAACCUAACGAAAUCACAAGAGCUUUCCGAUUGUUGUCUUCGAGUAAACAUAUAGGCAGAGUUGUUAUAAAGAUGACGAAUAAUGAAUCGGACAACAAGGGAAUCAAUGUGCUUCCUAGGAUGUCGUAUACACCAAAGGGAACUCACGUGAUUGUUUGUGAUGAGAAUGGUCUCGCAAUUGAGCUGGUUGACCAUCUUAUCUGCAGAGGAGCAAGGAAAUUUAUCUUAAACAUGAAAUCAAAUAUGAACACAGGAUAUUUCUACACAAAAUCCAUGUCGUGGAAGAAACUCGGUAUUUCUUUACAAAUUAACACUGAAAGCCUUCAGUACGAAAAAGGGACCGUAAAUCUUCUGAACGAAGGAUCAAAAUCAGGACCGAUUCAUGGCAUCUUCGUUGUUCAAACCUUAAAUAGAACUGAGGAGAAUUUUGAUCCGGUAGCUGUAUCUGAGAAAUUCAACGACACUGCAAUGGUUGUAGCAAAUUUGGAUCUCAUAUCCAGAAAUAUUUGCAUGGAGUUGAAAUACUUCGUCGUUAUGACUGGUUCCUCGGAAAAAGUAACAGAUGAAUAUGCUGCUUCUGUGUCAGAGAAAAUUUGUGCUAUUAGGAAUGAGGUUGGGUUACCAGCUUUGGCUUUCAGAGUAGGAAAACUGAAUAAGUUCGAUUCGGCUGUAGUGGAUUUCCAAUCGAAGUCCCAGCUUCUAUCAUAUUCAGCAAUUUUCAGCGCUCUGGAGACGAGCUUAAAACUUAAUUAUAAAAAUGUCCAAGCGUUCAAUCUCAAGAAGCGAACUGAUUCCGACUUCCUUGAGAAAAUCGAAAAAAUACUGGGUAUCAAAAAUAUAAAUAAUCUUCCGAAACACUUUACUUUAGAAGACUUGAGCGCCAAUCAUUAUAAUAUCGAAGAAAUAAUUGGGGUUAUCAAAAAUGCUCACAACAUAAGUUACCCACUCGAGAAAGCAAAGAAGUUAAAAAUUGGAGAGCUUAUAAAACUCAAGGAAUACAGUAUGAAGAAAUCUGAUGGUGGUUUGAAUGCUUUCUUUACCUUCAUCGACAACGACGAAUGCUUAGCGGCAGAACCUAUGGUUAUGAUGCAGACCAAAAUAGCAGGCGAAAUUCAGAUCGAGGAUCAAAUUGACACAAAACCGGAAUAUCUAAUGCUGAUACCAGGAUUUGAAGGUCACUAUCAGAUCUUUGAAUCUGUAUGCGAGAGACUUAAAAUCCAGGCGGCAGUUUUCCAACUCGGACCGGAUCUAGCUAAUGACACCAUACAGGAAAUGGCUAGCAAUAUAUUGAAAUUCAUGAAAAAGCAAUUUGAGCUAAAAUCUAAUUUCUAUCUUCUGGGCUACUCUUUUGGAGUUAAUGUGGCUUUGGAAUUAACUGCUUUAUUGGAGAAAGAAGGUCACAUCGGUAAAGUUUUCUGCCUGGAUAGCAGUCCUGAAAUGUUACGAGUUCAAUUAAGCGCCUACGUAGGAUCUUUGUCGGAGACUGAACUGCAGAAUGCUAUAGUGGAACACAUGUACAAACUGAUGGCUGGAAAAGAGAGUAUUGAGCUAAAAGAAGAUUUGCAGAAAAUCGAAGACUGGCCUACUAAGGUGGAUACCUGCGUUAACAGACUCAGAGGCUUGGUCAACUACUCGCAUCAAUACAAGAAGUCAUUACUCAACGGUGCUUACAACAAAAUAACUUUGGCAAGGGAAUACGAGCCAAAUUUCAAAUUGAAAUCCGAAUUGAUUCUCAUGAAGGGUACACCUCAUCCUAAUGCUGAAAAACUAGAAGAUGAUUACGGUCUUUCUAAAUAUAGCUAUCAGAAUGUCAAAGUGUUUAAUAUAGAAGCGGAUCACGCUUUAGCACCUCACGAUAGCAGGGUCUCCAACUUUAUCAACGGGCUUCUAGAUACCAAUGUCAUAGAAGAAUUCAAAAAGAAAAGUCUGUGCGAGGUCUACUAUGCUGAUCCUUUCAAGAUCCUAUAAGUGGACAUAUAUUAGUCACUAGGUAUUAAGCGGCCUAUUAUUUAUUACUUAAGUCAAUAAAACUUUUACUUUAA